AUGAUAGAUUGGAUAAAAAAUGAAAAUGAUUCAAUUAAUAUUAUUUAUUUUCAAAAUAAUUUCAUCAUAGAAACUGAACAAUUUUUUGAUAAUGAAACUUUUCAUAUUCGAUUGAAGAUGGAUGAAAAUAUUCAAUCAUCUCUACAAAUGUUAAUAAAUGAUUAUAUUGAUGAAAAUGAUGGAUCUUUAAAAGAUGUUGAUGAAUUCAUAUUAGAAAUAAGAGGUGAAAUAUUCGAUUUAGAGAUGGUUAACAAGAGAAAAAGAUGGGAAGAAGAAAAAAAAGGUAUACUUAAUUAA